AUGCUCUCAUUCCAUCGUCAAGCUACAAAGUAAUUGCUCCUUAAUAAAGGCGAUAAGAAACCAAGCCAUCCCAAAUUUGUAUUUGGAGUUCCAAAGGAAACAUUUCCAAAUGAAAAUAGAGUAGCUGCAACACCUGAAUCAAUUAAAAACUUAGUCAAAGAUGGUCAUCAAGUUCUAAUUGAGUCUGGUGCAGGUUUAAAGGCUAAUUUUGCAGAUAAUGUAUAUCAAGAAGUCGGAGCAAAAGUAGUCGACACUAAUUCAGUUUAUGACUAAUCUGAUGUAAUCUUAAAAAUAAGACCUCCUGAAAAUACAAAGACCUUGAAAGAAAACUAAACCCUUACAUCGUUCAUUUACCCUGCAUCAAAUAAAGAAUUACUAAACUAAUUAUAAGAAAAGAAGAUCACAACAUUUGCUAUGGAAUGUGUACCUAGAAUUACUAGAGCUUAAACAUAUGAUGCCUUAAGUUCUAUGGCUAAUAUUGCAGGAUACAAAGCAGUUGUGUUGGCAGCAAAUGAAUUCGGCAGAUUCUUUGCUGGUUAAAUGACAGCAGCAGGAAAAGUACCACCUGCUAAGGUGAUGGUUAUUGGAGCUGGAGUGGCUGGUUUAUCAGCUAUUGUAACUGCUAAGAAUAUGGGAGCUAUUGUUAGAGCAUUUGAUACAAGACUAGCAACUAAAGAAUAAGUAAAAUCUUGUGGAGCAGAAUUUCUGGAAGUCAAAAUAAAUGGAGAAGUAGUUGAUGGUGCAGGUAUCGGUGGAUAUGCUAAGGAAAUGGGAAAAGAAUAUUUAGAAGCAGAAUUAGCUUUAUUCUUAAAGUAAGCCAAAGAAGUUGAUAUCAUUAUCACCACUGCACUUAUCCCAGGAAGACCAGCACCAAAAUUAUUGUCAAAAGAAUUAGUAGAAAACAUGAAAUAAGGAUCUAUUAUUGUUGAUUUGGCUGCUGAAACUGGAGGAAACUGUGAAUUAUGCAAACCAGGAGAAUUAUACAAUCACUAAGGAAAAGUUAAGAUCAUUGGAUAUACUGAUUUACCAAGCAGAUUACCUACUUAGAGUUCAACAUUAUAUGCUAAUAACAUUGGAAAAUUGAUGUAAUACAUUGUAGGAACAAUCAAAGAUCCAAAUGGAAACAUGACUCAAGUGGAUUUGAAUGAUGAUGUCGUUAGAUAAUCAUUAGUAACAUUAAAUGGAGAAUUGAAAUGGCCACCUCCUCCCAUCAUUACAUCCAAGAGUGAACUCUAAUAAGCUGAUACAACUAAAGCUGCAACUGGUCAUAAAAAAUAAGAAGUCAAAGUAGAUCCAUAUAAAUAAGCUUGGAAGAAUGUAAUUAAUACAUCAGCAUCUCUAAUGGCAAUGAUGGCUUUAGGUUAUCAAUCUCCUAAUAUGGAAUUCUUAAAAAUGUUGAAUACUUUUGCUUUGGCAGGAAUUGUUGGUUAUCAAGUCGUUUGGGGUGUGACUCCCGCCUUACAUUCACCAUUGAUGUCAGUUACAAAUGCAGUAUCUGGUAUAAUUAUAGUUGGUGGUAUGGAAUUGAUGGAUGGCAAGUAUUUACCAGGAUCUUUGACUGGAUUAUUGGCAGCUGUUUCUGUUGCCAUAGCUUCCCUGAACAUUUCAGGUGGUUUCUUAGUCACACAAAGAAUGUUAAAUAUGUUUAGAAGACCAACCGACCCUGCUGAAUACAAUUAUUUAAUGGCAUUAGCAGGUGCUACAGGAGUACUAGGAUAUUAUGGUGGACUCUACUAUGGAAUUCCAAAGGAACCAUUGACAAAUCUUUCAUAUUUAGCUUCAUCCAUCGCUUGUAUUUUAGCUAUUGGUGGAUUAGCAUAAUAAUAGACAGCUAGAAUUGGUAAUAGUUUUGGUUGUUUGGGAGUUGGAUUAGGUGUAGCUGCCACUCUUGGAUAUAAAGGAUACUCUCCAGAAUUAUUAGCUUAAUGGGCAUCAAUGGUUAUGUUAGGAGCUACCAUUGGAGGUACAGUUGCUACUAGAGUUGCAAUCACAGAUUUACCUUAAUUAGUUGCUUGUUUCCAUUCCUUUGUUGGUUUGGCAGCAGUCUUAACUUCUAUUGGUAACUAUUUACAUGUAUUCCCUCAUUUGGCUGAAGAUCCAGCUGCACUUGUUCAUAAAUUAUCAAUCUUCUUUGGUAUUUUCACAGGUGGUAUCACAUUCACAGGAUCACUCAUUGCCUUUGCUAAAUUGUAAAAUCUCUUGCCCUCAAAUCCAACAGUUAUUCCUUAUCACAAUUAAGUAAACAUUGCAUUGGCAGCCUUAUCUGUUGCAUCUUUAUUAAUUUAUAAUUAAACAGGUAGUUUUGCUGUUGGAAUGACAGCUUUAUUAACAGCCACAGCUGCUAGCAAAGUGUUAGGAGUUACAUUAACAAAUGCUAUUGGUGGAGCUGAUAUGCCAGUCGUAAUUACAGUUUUGAAUUCAUAUUCAGGAUGGGCAUUGUGUGCUGAAGGUUUUAUGUUAGACAAUCCAUUAUUAACUAUUGUUGGAGCAUUGGUUGGAUCAUCAGGUGCCAUUCUCUCUUAUAUUAUGUGCAAGGCCAUGAAUAGAAAUUUAACAAGUGUUAUCUUCGGUGGAUUUGAUGUUAAUCCUGCAGCCAUCCAAGCUACUAAAGUUGAAGGUACUCACACUGAAAUCAAUGUUGAAUAAGCUGUUGAAAUGAUGGUCAACAGUAAAUCAAUUAUUAUUGUUCCUGGAUAUGGUUUGGCUGUUGCUAAAGCCUAAUAUCCAGUUGCUGACAUGUGCAAGACACUUAUGGACUAAGGAAUUAAGGUUAGAUUUGGUAUUCAUCCAGUUGCUGGUAGAAUGCCUGGAUAAUUGAAUGUCUUAUUGGCUGAAGCUGGUAUACCAUAUGAUAUUGUAUUUGAAAUGGAUGAAAUUAAUGAUGACUUCCCUGAUACUGAUCUUGCUGUUGUUAUUGGUGCUAAUGACACUGUCAAUUCAGCUGCUGAAGAAAAUCCAAAUUCACCAAUUGCAGGUAUGCCUGUAUUGAGAGUCUGGGCUGCUAAAUAAUCAAUUGUUAUGAAGAGAUCCAUGGGUGUUGGAUAUGCUGCCAUUGACAAUCCAGUAUUCUAUAAACCAAAUAAUAAUAUGUUAUUGGGUGAUGCUAAGAAAACUUGUGAUGAACUUACCUCAAAGAUUAAGGAUCACUUUAAAUGAUGAUUUAAUUCUGUUGUAAAUUUCAUAUAAAUAUUAAAACUAAACUUCAUUUUA